CCAUUUUCCAAGUUGCAGAGCCGAUUCAGCUUCCACCACCUCCAAACAAAGCAAAUGAAGAGAAAGAUGGCCAAAUUGGUGAACUUCCUCCACUUCUUCCUGCUGCCUCUUCUUCUACUUCUACUACCUGCACUCAUAUGCUCAAUAUCGCAUCAUGCCCAUGUUGCAGCCUCCAAAUCAACUGUCGAAUACCUUCCCGGAUUCCAAGGUCGACUCCCAUUUUACCUAGAGACCGGGUAUAUUGGAGUUGGGGAAGCUGCAGAGCUGUUCUACUACUUUGUGAAAUCGGAAGGGAAUCCUGAAGCUGACCCUCUCCUUCUCUGGCUCACUGGCGGCCCUGGAUGCUCUGGCCUCACCGGUCUUGCCUUGGAACUUGGUCCCAUCAAAUUCAACGAGAGCCUGCCAACUUUGAUCCUCAACCCAUUUUCCUGGACUAAGUUUUCGAGCAUCAUUUUUCUGGACUUGCCUGCUGAGACUGGAUUCUCUUACACAACAAACCCAUCUCUUGCUGAUCAUCCGAGUGACCAUGUUCAAGUUUCUCAAGCUGCAGAGUUCAUCAGAAAAUGGCUGGGAGAACACUCGGAGUUCCUGCAGAAUCCAUUGUAUAUUGCAGGGGAUUCCUACGCAGGCAUUACUGUUCCACCCAUUGUCCAACGACUUUCCAUUGGAAACGAGCGAGGCAUCGAGCCAACGUUAAAUCUCAAGGGGUACAUACUUGGGAACCCAGGAACAAGUGGUGAAUUCGAUAAGAACGCCCGAAUCCCAUCUGCACAUGGGAUGGCGCUCAUUUCUGAUGAACUCUACCAGUCACUUCACAAAAGCUGUAAGGGAGAGUACCACAUAGUAGAUCCUACCAACUUGGAAUGUAAGAACAACUUAGAGGCUUUCUAUGAGUGUCUCUCAGGUAUAAACAUGUUUAACCCGCUGGAUCCACAAUGCAUUUUACAUAAAAUGCCAGUGGAGAUUGCUGCCCUAAGAAGAAGAAGAUUGUUGCAGGACGAGUCUCGACUGUUAUCGACCAUUGAUCCGCCUGAGCUCGACUGCAAGUAUGACAUCAAUCUACUCUGCAAACAUUGGGCCAACGAUGAACUAGUCCAGAAAGCGCUUCACAUAAGAGAGGGGACGAUAGGGGAAUGGGAGAGGUGCAAUAGCAGGUGGAACUAUGAAAAGGAUAUUCCGAGUAGCUUUGAGUACCAUGUCAACAUUUCAACCAAGGGUUAUCGUUCAUUAAUCUAUAGUGGCGAUCACGAUAUUUUUAUACCAUUUGUUGGAACACAAGCCUGGAUUCGAGCUCUCAAUAGUUCCAUCGUGGAGGAUUGGAGAUCAUGGCACGUUGGAGGCCAAGUUGCAGGGUAUACGAGGACUUAUUCUAAUGGGAUGACCUAUGCAACGGUGAAAGGCGGUUCGCAUAUCCCUCCGACUAACAGGCUCAUAGAGUGUUAUGCUAUGUUCCAAAGGUGGAUAAAUCAUAAGUCUUUGUAAAUAGUUAGCAACCAAAAUGUCUUUUGUGCUUCAAAAGCCUUGUAACCUAAUCAUACUAUUACAACUGCAGCUAAGAAAAAACAUGUAAUGUGAGUGUGUAUGAAAGUCAUUUUGUGUAUCUUAUUAGUCGAUCUUACCGAAAAGUUAUAGGCAAAGCUAAAGUAUAUCAACCCAUCAUUAUAAAUCGAUGUAUCGUUU